AUGCGAAUAUUUUUCAAUUAUCAUCUGCCAUUCCGGUCAACGCUUCUUUUACUGAGCACAUUUCUUUUUUUCGGGCAUGAUUCAGCUGCCAAUCCGUUGAGGUGAGUUCGUUAUACGUUAAUUUAUCAUGUCGGAUAUUUUUUUAAAAAUGCAAAUUUUUUUUAAUUUUAUGCAAAUUUUUUUAAUUUUACGCAAAUUUUUUUAAUUAUAUGCAGAUUUUUUGAAAUUUUAUGCAAAUUUUUUUUUAUUUUAUGCAAUUUUUUUUAAUUUUAUGCAAAUUUUUUUAAUUAUAUGCAAAUUUUUUUUAAUUCUAUGCAAAUUUUUUAAAUUUUCAAAAUUUAUGAAUAUUGCCACUAAUUAUGCUAAUUCGAAUUUUUAGUGUGAAAGAAUGGGCCAACGACUUAUCCGCCCACUUACAGGCCAUGUUCGAAACCGCCACAAAACACAAGGAAAUCGUUCGGGUGAGUUUUUGAAAGUUUUGCACAGUGCAGUCGAUUUUUCAAAAAUUUGAACCUUGCAAAAACUUUCUAAAAAAUUUGCACUGUGCAAAAACUUUUCUAAAAUUUUGCACUGUGCAAAAAAUUUUCCAAAAAAUUUGCACUGUGCAAAAAAUUUUCCAAAAAAUUUGCACAGUGCAGUCGGUUUUUCAAAAUUUUGCACAGUGCAGUCGAUUUUUCAAAAAUUUACACCGUGCAAAAACUUUUCUGAAAAUUUUGCACAGUGCAAAAUUUUGAAAAACCGACUGCUGGUUUCUAAAAACUUUGCUCUGUGCAAAAAAUUUUCCAAAAAAUUUGCACUGUGCAAAAACUUUUCUGAAAAUUUGCACCGUGCAAAAACUUUUCUGAAAAUUUUGCACAGUGCAAAAAUUUUUUCAAAAAAUUUGGACUGUGCAAGAAUUUUUUCAAAAAUUUUGCACUGUACAGAACCUUUUCUAAAAUUUGCACUGUGCGAAAACUUUCCAAAAAUUAGCAUUAUGCAACAACUUUUCUAUAAAUUUGCACUGUGCAAAAAUUUUCCAAAAAUUUGCACCGUGCAGAUUUCAAAAAAUUGAAAAAUCUUUAUCAAAUCGAAAUUCCAGAUAUACGAAAAGUUGGCCAGCGCCGAAGUCUUCCAGCCUCAUGCUGAAUUACGAGUGGCCAAACGACAAAUCGAAGCCUACCUUCGAGAUCGAGCCAAAAUGGCAUGGGUAAGAUGAUUUUUUUUAUUUUUUCGAUUUUUAGGUUGAAAAACGAUUUGAAAAUUCUGAAAAUCCAUUUUUUUCAGGACGCCAAAGUCAGUCUGGAAUCGCGAGAAGUGCGAAAUAUCUCCGACGAGGCCGUGAAUGACCCGGAUUCAGCCGAUUUUGUCCGAUAUUUGGAUGCCAAAACCGAGGGCGACGGGGCUGUUGUGUAUCAGGAUGGACAUCUUGGCCACACAACGUAUGUAAACCGAAGCAGAGAAUACGAACUGAAGCCAAAUGUGAAUUUUUACGGGAUUCGGACGAGUUCAGAGUCGUCCGCAGUACAUAUCCCCACUCCAGUGUACAAAAGAAGUAAGCGAAUCGUAUAAGAGCUGAUAUUUGAUUUAAAACUUUUUGCGUAGUCUUAAUUUUUUCUGUAUGCGACUACAAACGUUGUAUUUUAAAACUUUUUGCUUUUACGAAAAUUUUUGAAUUUUUUGCCCUACGAUUCUUUCAUAAAUUUUUGAGAUUUUAGAAAUGUUGUCAAUAGACCUGGCGAAUAUUUAUAGAAGCAAGAAUGCAUAGAGCAGUGGCAUUAUGCCGCUAUAAAUCGCAGCUACGAGAAAAGUUCAGAAUAUGUAAAAAUUAGCUGCAAAUUGCGUGUUUGUAAGGGCGAAAACACCCUCAGAACUUUUCUUUUCUCGCAACACCACGAAAAUGCCUUUUUGACCAAGUUUUUACCAAUUCAAAAAUCUUGAUUUGAGCUAGGAAAAACCCUGGCAUCUUGACAAGCCUUAAAACAUCAAGAUUAAUACUAAACCUUGAUAGUAGUUCCGAUGUAAAAAAGGGGCAUUUGCGUGGUGUUGCGAGAAAAGUUCUGAUGGUUUUUUUCGCCCUUACCGACCAAAAUUAGGCAGCGAAUUUUUACAUAUUCUGAAUCAGAAAAUUUUUGCGAUUUUUUUGAUAUAUCUCUCGACUUGUAACCUCAUACCUCAUAGAAGUAAUUUCCUUGUCAAAAAUUCCCAAAAUUUUUUAAAUUUUCGCAACUAGAAAAUCUAAAUACCCUAAGGGCACAAUAAUAAAUUCAUCAAUUUUUAGAACAUCUAGGUAAAUAAAAAUGUUUUUCUAUUAAUUUUACCAAAAUCCACAAUUUUUCAGAACUUUUUUUUUCAUUUUCUUAUCGCAAAACCAUCCUAAAUCUCCCAAAAUCGGGCGUAUUUUUUUGCCCAACUAAUAGUAUUUUAUUUUGCAUAGGCAUGUAACCUCAUACCCCAUAGAAGUAAUUUCCUUGUAAAAAACACAACGCUUCCAGAUCCCUACGCUCUAAAGCGAAUUGAAUGGUCGAAUAUCGACCAAGUUUAUCGACGCAAUCGAGAGCGCAUGAAAGACCUGUCCUUUCAAAAGUUUUGCUCCGAAAGCGGCUUCAUGCGCUACUUCCCAGCGGCGCCGUGGCGCUGGGACGCGGACGGCCUCGAUUUGUUCGAUUGUCGCGCCACCGAGUGGUUCAUUGAUGGCGCCACGAUGUCGAAGAAUGUCUUGAUUAUGCUGGACUUGAGUGGAUCCAUGUUGGGACAGCGCUACGAAAUUGCAAAACAAACAAUUGAAGCGAUCCUGGAGACGCUGUAUGACAAUGAUUUCUUUAAUGUCUUGGCGGUGAGUGUUACAAUUUAUACAGUGACGGACUUGAUCCAGUGGCAAAAACGUACCAUUUUGCAUCCGGGAAGUAUCAAAAAUGUGGCAAAAUGCCUCCCUCUCCAAGUGAAAAAAUCCGAUUUUAAAAGCGCGCCCGCUCUUUUUUGUGAGGGAGCCCUUCAAAACGCAGUUUUUUAGUUAGAGAGGGAGGCAUUUUGCCACAUUUUUUGAUACUUCCCGGAUGCAAAAUGCCACUUUUUCGUCACUGGAUAAGAUCCGUCACUGUACUGUUGCAGAAAGUUUUUUGAAAAGCGAGAUAAUUUUUUAAAAAAUUUACAAAAAGUAAAAAAAUUGCCUGAGGCAAAAUUGUUCGAUUUUUUUCAAGAAUUGAUAUCUGGCCUAUGCUUUACUUGAGCGACAAUUUUAGCGCAAGCUUGGCAUGUACAGUGCCGGAACUGAUCCAGUGGAAAAAAACGUACCAUUUUGCAUCCGGGAAGCAUCAAAAAAUGUGGCAAAAUGCCUCCCUUUCUAACUAUAUAAAAAACUGCGUUUUGAAUAGCGUUUCCCUCACAAAAGGUCAGGCGCUUUUGAAAUCGGGGUUUUUUCGAUUUGGAAGUGGAGGCAUUUUGCCACAUUUUUGAUACUUCCCGGAUGCAAAAUGAUACGUUUUUUGCCACUGGAUCAUGUCCGCUACUGUAUAUUUUCACUCCAGGUAUUUCCAUCGUAUUUUUCUUUUUAGUUCUCCAAGAACGCGCAGUUUUUGGACGACUGCGCCAGCGACACCCUCAUUCAGGCCACCAUGAGGAACAAGAAAUUGAUUUGGAGCAAGCUGGCGAACGUCACCGCGGAGGGCAAGGCGGAGUAUGAGAAAGCGCUGGCCAAGGCGUUUACCACCCUGAUGAAUGUAAGUCCUAAUAAUUGUAGUCAAUUAGUAUGCUAAUUGGCGUUGAGUGCGCUUAAAGAUAACGGCUUAAAAGGGAAUGUUGCUUGACUUGACGACAGUCAAGUGGAAAGAGUUUUUUUGCUCAAUGGUAAUGCUUGAAAAUUAUAUAAGACUUGGCUUUUAGGCUUAUAAAAAACGCUUUGUGUGCACAAGAAUGUAACUCUUUUAUAUGCAUAUAAUAUUAUAGCUUUUUUCAUCAAAAAAUGUGUGACUUUUAACGACUAAUAGCGGUGACAGCAGGUAUUUUUUUUGAAUUUUGAUGCAGAAUUGUAGAAGUUACUUCAAUAAAAAGAAGUGAGAAAGGAUGUACAGAAGCUCGACACUAGGAUAUCUUCAGAUUUUCUUGGCUUCCUCGACCAGGCCACUUACAGUGAGGGACUUGAUCCAAUGGCAAAAAACGUCUGAUUUUGCAUCUCGGAAGGGACCAAAAUGACUCCAACCCCUUCCCUUCUCUAAGCUAAAAAACUCCGCUUUGAAAAGCGCGCCCUUUCCUUCAAGGCGGGCUCUUCAAAGCGGGGUUUUUUAGCUUAGAAAAGGGAAGGGUUUGGAGACAUUUUGGUCCCUUGCGGGAUGCAAAAUGAGACGUUUUUGCCAUUGGAUCCGGUCCCUCACUAUACAAAUUUCCCAGAUUAUCAGUUAACGUUGAUCAGCCGAAGCCAGUUUUUUUGAAAGUUCCCGGUCAAAACAUCGGGGCGCUUUCUGAAAAAAAACGCUGGAAAUAUCUCACGUUUCUUAAAAACGAAUCUUUUGAAUUUAAGCAUACAAUGGCAGACCUGAUCCAGUGGCAAAAAACGUGCCAUUUUGCAUCCGGGAAGUGUCAAAAAAUGUAGAAAAAGACCUCCCUUUCCAAGUGAAAAGCUCCGCUGUCCAAAGGCGCCCUUCAAAACAGAGUUUUUUCACUUGGAGAGGGAGGCAUUUUGCUACACUUUUUGAUGCUUCCCGAAUGCAAAAUUGUACGUUUUUUGCCACUGGGUCAGGUCCGCCACUGCAGAAAUAUCUCACGUUUCUCAAAAACGCAUGUUUUGAAAUUUUUUGGAAUUUGACCUUAAUUUUAUUCCAUCUACACUAAAGACUCCUCUGAUGAGAUAUGACCAUAUUUCGUUGGCAUAUCCGGAACCAAAGCCCAUAAAUUUCCUUGGCUCUGAUUAUUAUCGUAGCUCAGAAUAAAGCCGCCAUUCCACGACAAAUUUCACUUGAGAUUGCCUCUAAUUGUAACGCUUUUUAAUCACGCUUCUAUUUGCUUUGCCUUUUCAAGCUUAAACCCUCACAACUGGAAUGGAAGACGAAGGAGGAGAUCGAGAAGGAAAAGGACGAAGGCGGCGGUCUGGACCCGCAAAAAGAAUACAUCCAUCUGAACGAGCACUUCCUGGUCGUGGAUCGCAGCUACAUCGAUGCCGUAGGUGGCUGUCGCCCUUCCGUUCGCGUGGUUGCGCUUUCAGUUGGCCUUGGUUGUGUGCGGUGGCAUUAAUUUAUAUUAUACUUGGUAUUAGUCGGUUUGUGAAGUGAAAAUGUCCUGUUUUCGUAGUUGCUACAGCAUUCUGAAGGUAUUUUUGAGUCUACAACAGUUGAUAGAGCUUUGGGAAAUGUUUUGGGAUCGAAAAUUACGGUAAUGCCCUGAGGCAAGUUUUGAAUUUUGGCCUGAAAUUGGUAUUUUUUUGAUGUAAAAUUGUUAUAGUGUGAUCUAAAAAGCCUCUAUACGUAAUUUAAAAUGAAUUUCAAUUUAUGCCCUAAGGGUAAAUUAGCUUUUUUUGCUAUAAAUUGGCGAAAAAUCACCUUUGGAAUGCGGUUAUCCAUAUUUUUUCCUAUGUAUCGUCCCCGUUAUCGUUAUGUUUGUCAUAAAAUCUUGUCCAAUCAACAAUUUUCUUCCUUAUUAAGUUUCAAGCCCUUAUGUUCAUCGUAUUUUACAAUUCACAUUGUUUUAGAUCAACAACUUCAGUGGGAACACCAAAAUGGGCUGCAAUGACGUCAUCAUGCUGGUCACUGAUGGUGCUCCAGACUUUUAUAAGGACGUAUUUGAGCUUUACAACAAGCAUAAACAGGUGAGUUUCUCAUUUAUAUUAUACUUGACUCAUCUCUUUCAGGUCCGCUUUUUCUCCUUCCUGGUUGGUGAAGAAGCCACCGAUUUUGAGCAAGUGCGAUGGAUGGCCUGCAAUAAUCGCGGCUUCAUGGUGCACAUCAGCAAUUUGGCCGACAUUUUGGAGAAAAUUCAACAUUAUGUGAGGGUGCUGUCCAGACCAAUCAGUCAUCAAGCGACGAACAUCAAUCAAGAAAGCGCGGUGUGGAGUAGUAUUGCGAGAGAGCGAAUGGUAGGUUCUUGCAUUUGGAAUGCGAUUUUUUGGGAUGCCGACAUCUUAUACGACGAAACAUAGCCAAGAACGUUUUAUCGUAUAACAUGUCUCCCAUUGCAAAGAAGUAACUCUAAGUCUGAAAAUCUUGCAGAGUAACGAAUUUGUCAUCUCGGUGGGUUAUCCGGUGAUCGUUGAAGAAGCCAUUAUGGGAGUGGCGGCCGUUUCAAUUCCCUUGAUUGAAGUGCAACAAAUCGCUCAUUUCUCGUACAUUGGCUCUCGAAGCUACUAUUUUAUGUUGGAUAACAACGGCUAUACUAUGUUCCAUCCACAGCUAGAUCAAUUUGUAAGUUUUUUAGCAAAGGUGACAAGUUAUACGAUGAAACAUGUUUCAUCGUAUAACUUGUCGCUUUGAUAGAAUCGUCGGAAAAAGACUGUUAUAGUAUUUUACUCCUGUUUUUGAAAAAAUUUUGAUGUAUUUUUUUGUCUUUCGUGUUUUACAUCAAUUUUUAGGACUCGGUAACGAAUGAAGUGAAGCCCAUUUUCAACAACUUGGAUUUCUCCGAAGUCGAAGUCACCCCACCAAUGCAUAAGAAGCCCAAGCCUGGAUUCAUCAACUGCGAUGAUGACACACCAAAGGAAUUGACAGUGCUUUUUUCGACCGAAGACAUCCGAAGGGUUUAUAUUCAGAAGAACACUUACCAUUCGGAAUGUCUUGAUGGAACCCAAUUUACGUAAGUUGGAAGGAACUGAAACUUGAUCCUUAUUUUAUUUUUUGACAUUUGCCACCUUCUGGCUUCUCCUGCGUGGAAUUGCCAUUUUAUACGAUGAAAGGUGCCGAUAAUUUUCGUGUGCAUAUCUCGUCGUAUAAGAUGACAAUUUAUCAGAUUUUGCAUUUAUUGCUUAGUCAUGACCCUUUGGCGGUAAUACUAGCGUAAUUUCAAUGUGGCGAUAAUUUAUACGGUGAAAACUGCUCAUGGUGACAAAAAGCACGCUUUCAUCGUAUAAAAUGUCAACUUUAGUAAGAUACUACGUGGUAUUACUUUAGUAGCUUGUUUCUGACGAAUUUUCCUUAUACUGUAAUGUGUGACAUUUUAUACGAUGGAACCUGCUCAAAGGGACAUUGAGAAGGUUUCAUCGUAUAGAAUGUCAACCUUAGCAAGAUACCAAAUUUUAUCGACUUUAUUACGCUUUCUUAUGGCCAAUCUGCCUUGUUUUGUAAUGUGUGACAUUUCAUACGAUGGAACCAUCAAAGAGACAUUGAGAAGGAUUCAUCGUAUAAAAUGUCACCUUGAGUUCAGAAAUGGGGAAUCAUAAAAAAUUACCCCGCUGUGUUGCUGGAUUGACUUAUUGCUCAUCUGGAUUGGCUUAUUUCUCAUCUAUUUUCAGCCUUGGAUUAGCCGUUGCCGAAGGCGAUGAAGUCCGUUUGCAGCGGAAAGGACUGAUCGAUUGGAACUCGGUGGAUUUGGAGUGGAUGCGCGGGAAGAACUGGCGAAUCCACCCGAAAUGGCGCUACUGCCUUCUCAACGACAGCGACACCCAGCUAGGCCCUGAGGCGGCAUUCCAAGUGUAUGCGAAACAUAUGCGGGAUUACGGCGAAUUACCGGUGUUGUGUCGCGCAAGAAGACGGCUGAUUGACCGACUUUUGCUGGACAUGCAAGCCACCACCGACUUCAGCCAGCUCUGGGAUGAGGAGUGGACAAAGAACAAGGAAAGCGGGAUUCAUCUGACCUUCUUUGCAACGCCCUCAGGACUUAUUCGGUUUGCCAAUCAAAGCCUGGAAGAAUAUGCAUAUGAGAAGCCGAAAGAGGAGCAGGCCGUGAAAACUUAGUAAGUAAAUUUGAGCGUGGAGUUAAAUACAUGUAUUUUGGAUUUGAUUUUUAUCUCUGGUUACAUUUUAUACUAUAAAACAUGUCUGGGAGUCAAGUUUAAAGACUGGUCAGGUUUGAGCGUAUAAAAUGUCGCUUGGUUACAAAAUAAUAUCCAAACCUCUUAUUGUUUCCUUGACAGCAUUGACGAUAGGUUUUAGCACUCAUUUUGAAGUAAGACAUUUUAUACGACAAAAAAGUCAGUCAAGCAUGUUUUGUCGUAUAAAAUGGCUUAAGUGGGAGUAAAGUUGUUUUCUGGUCAUCACGAGGAGUGUUACAGCUUUUACUAUCCUCUAUAUCUUUUUUCUGGUACUGGGGACAUUUUAUACGAUGAAAAUUUUAAAUCACUUUCAAGCAUGUUUCGGGGUAUAAGAUGUCCCGUUUCAUACUACUGGUUAAUUAAAUAUUAUCUGUAUGCUGAUUUCAGCGGAUAUCAACACUUUAUCCUGCAACAAAACAAGAACUCCGUUGAAGACGAGUACUUCAAACGGGCGGUUCGGCAGAAGGGAAAGAUCGUUUUUGAUGUGAACAGAGGCUGUAAGCAGUAAUUUUUGCGCCAUGAAUAAUCGGUAAAUUCUAUUUUCAGCUCACCUGUGGUACAAAAGACAAGAACAGAGCUUUUUUGGGCACAAGGAAAACGUCUCCUUGCUCGGCGUCGCGUACAAAGCGUUGUAUACAAACGAUGCGUUAAUUGGAGUAGCUGGAGUCGAAUUCUUAUAUGACAAGUUGGCCGAGAGGAUGAAGGAGUUUGGCUGCAAACCUGAUGUAAGCUUACAAAAAAAAUUUUUCAUGCAGCGGGAUUCGAACUUGCAAGUUUUUGAGUGAAAAUCUAAGUUUUUACCAGCUGCGCCAUUCGUACACACCCUCGGUUUUUUGGCCUAUACUCAAUUUUUAGAGGCGUGGCAAGGCGGUUUUACGUCCUAAAUUUUUGUUUUCAUAUUGAAAAUUGGUCGUUUCUAUCAAAAACUUUGGAUUGACGGAAUUUAAUGAGAUUUUUGAUUCCAGGACGACACACAGCGCUGUUUCUUGAUCGAUGAGCAUGCCUAUGUUUUGUACAGCAGUCAGAAAGAGACUGAAUACACAAAUGUCGUGAAAAACGAGACCCGAAAAUCUACAAAAACCGUUCUCGGCUCCUUCUUCGGGCAUCUAAACCGAGUCACCGAAUGGACAAUGGAAGUGCUCAUCAAAAAGGGAUUCUAUUCAGAGUAGGUGGAGCGAAGCUUGUAAAAUACAUCGUCUUUAAUGAAUUUGUUAUUUUUAAAAAAAAAAUUUCAGAACAACGUAUUGGGAUAACCAAGCGAUGUGUGACAAAAUUGAAGCCACAGCGGCUUCGAGUAUUAAACUUACGGUAAGAAAACACAGAAAAUACUAUUACACAUGCAAUACACCUUAAUUGGUGACGUAUUUUACCCAAAAUUUUAUUUUUUUUCCAACCGGAAUCGAACUUGGCUCAAUUUUUUGUUGAGACUAAAACCAGCUGCGCUAUUGAUGCACGGUCAGUUUUUUGGCGUUUUUUGGAAAAAUGAGGACUAGAAAUAUUGUUUGCGGCGGAAUUUUAUAAUUUUUUCAAGCAGAGAUCGAACUAGCCCCGCUUUUUUCGCGCCAUAACCAGUUGCGCCAUAGGCGCACGGCACUAAUUUUUUGGUGUUUUUGGAACUUUUAUGUAAUGUCGACUAUUUUUAUAGUACUUAUGAAGAAUUUUGCCACUUUUGGAGGCACGAAUUUCCAUUUUUUGGACGAAAAUUGAGAAAAACAUUGAUUUUUAAAAUUCUCGAUUUUUGACUAAAACCCAUAACUUUUGAAAGGUUUUCCUGAAAUUUACAGCAAUAAUAGGCUCUAGCCCACAUAGCAGACACCUUUUUCAGACCAUCUACCGUCAAUUCCUCACGAUUCUCAAGUAUUUUUAUCGGCAAGCCCUUAAACUUGUGUCGGCGAUAUCCCAGUCCCCAUCAACCGCACUGUCCACAUUCUUCGCUCUGCAGCCACGCAAAGCGGAGGCUUUUACCACAACAUUCAAGCCGAAUAUCGACCGAUUGCCGUGUCGGACCAAGUCCAAGUUUUAUUUGGCCAACACGGAGCGGAAAGGAACCGCGACGGCCGCUUUGUUGGAGGAAAAUUACGCCGAACGCCCGUGCAAACAAAAUGCCGCGCAGUGCGCUGUGUGAGUGUUAUUUUUAGCAGUCUUAUUGGCGAUUAUGACCAGUGUAGAUAUAUUUUUAGACUAUAAGAAUAUGUCUUCCAAACAUGUUUACACCUUCAAAAAUCUAGUUUUUUCGACCAUAACUCAUCAAAUCAAGGAAAAUUUUUUAACAGGGAAAGUACUUCCAUGGGGUAUGGAGUUACAGGCGAGAGAUAUAUCAAAAAAAAAAUCGCAAAGUUUUUCUGAUUCACAAUAUGUAAAAAUUAGCUGCCCAGUUUUGGUUUGUAAGGGCGAAAAACCCUCAGAACUUUUCUCGCAACACCACGCAAAUGACCCCUUUUUUGACCAAGCCUUUUCUAAUUCAAAAGUUUUGUUUUGAGCUAAAGUAAACCCCGGCAUUUUGACAAGCCUUAAAAUAUCAAAUUUGAUUCAUACUACGCCUCAAUUGUUGUUCCAAUGUAAAAAAGGGGCAUUACAGUGGGGGACCUGAUCCAGUGGCAAAAACGUACCAUUUUGCAUUCGGGAAGUAUCAAAAAUGUGGCAAAAUGCUUCCCUCUCCAAGUGAAAAAUGCCGAUUUUAAAAGCACGCCCGUUCUUUUUAUGAGGCAGCAAACGAAGUUUUUUCACUUGGAGAGGGAAGCAUUUUGCCACAUUUUUGAUACUUUCCGUGUGCAAAAUGUGUACGUUUUUUGCCAUUGGAUCGGGUCUGUCACUGUAGGAGUAUUAAUUGGUAGUAUUAAUCAAAUUCGAUAUUUUAAGGCUUGUCAAGAUGCCAGGGUUCACUUUAGCUCAAAAGAAAACUUUUGAAUUGGUAACAACUUGGUCAAAAAGGAAUUUGCGUGGUGUUUCGAGAAACGUUCUGAGGGUUUUUUCGCCCAUACAAACCAAAAUUGAGCAGCUAAUUUUCACAUAUUCUGAAUCAGAAAAUUUUUGCGAUUUUUUGGAUGUAUGUCUCGACCCGUAACUCCAUACCCCAUAGAAGCACUUUCCUUAUUCAAAAGUUUUCUUUGAUUUGAUGACUUAUCCUUGAAAAAAUAGAUUUUUGAAGGUGUAAGCAAGUUUGGAAGACAGAUUCGAAUAUUCGAACACGGUUCCAGCGAUCUCUCGUGUUCUUUUUUGCCAUUACUACAACUUUUUAGCUUCAAAAUUUUAAGAAAAUGAGUGAAAAAUCGAUUUCAGGAAGGUUUACGCGGCCUGGGUGGAAAACACCAAUCUUUUGAUGGUGGUGAUCAAACAAGGCCAACGUUCGUCCUGCUACGAUGACAAGCAUUGCCCUCUGGCGAAGACGGUGCCAUUCGGCUUCGAGCGGCUCACUCAACUCGAAAUGAAACAGCGGGAGAAACAGCGGUAAGUGAGAAAAAGGAGAAAAAUGUGAAUAUCUCGGUUGUUUCUGCAUAGUGCGAUUUGAAAUUUUUAACAUUUGAUACUAGGUAUAUCAGCAAGAUUUGCGAUAAGUUUUAAGAAAUUCCAGCAGAAAGUUUUUGAGAAUUCACACUUUUAUAUCUGAUGUCAAGUACAAUAUAAAUCUACCCAUAAGUCGUUCAGAUUUGGCAGUGGCGAGCUGGACGACGAUGACGAAGGCCCCCGAAGCCAGUGUCCCUCCACCAAACCGCAUCAUCGCAAAACUGUGGCGCAGUGUUUGCGGGAACCGCCCCAAUUGAAGGAGCUGGACCCCGAGCUGCGCCCUUGCUCAAUGACCUCAACCCGAAUCAUAUCGAGCGCUCUGUUGCUGAGCGCACUGCUCUUGUUUAGGCUGUAA